AAGUUCACGAAACGUGCAGCACCAUUCAUGCUAGAGUCAAAAUGGCGGGUGACUCCGAGAAAUUCAAAGAACUUAAUGCUGUAUUGAGCGCUGAGGAGUUGAAUUCGCUACCUGAUGAGGGCAAGAGUAAAAUAGAAAAAUUGCUGGCUUCAAAUACGACGUCGCUGAACACCUUGAAGACCAGCAAUGAACGUCUCAAGAUCAAUUCAGAGCAACGCUAUGAACAACUUGAGAAACAGCUGAUUGCAGCACACAAGAAGCUGGAAACAGAGUCCACUCAGUUUCAGGAUGCAAAGAAAAAAGUGGAAGAUUUUGAGAGCCAGCUGCAGGCAGCCAAGCUGGAGCUGGAAGAGUUCAAGGGUCAAACGGAGGGCACGGCCAGCUCAUACCAGGAGCUGGCUAGGGUCAGUCAGCAGCUCGAGGCCGACAAGCAGGACCUCGUCCAGGUGGUUGAGAGGAAGACCAAACAGCUGGACCAGCUACAGAAUGAGUGGGAUAGCAUGUCUCAGAAGCUUGCUACAGCCAAUGGUUCCCGGACACAGCUGCAGAUGAGGGUGGACGAGCUAGAAAAUGAAGAUGUGUCAUGGAAGUACCGGGAGAAGCGUCUUCAACAGGAGAUCCAGGGCUUGACUUCACAGAGUGGAUACCUUCAGACAGAGCUAGAGAAGAAGACCAGCGAGGUUCUCACACUCAGAAAAGAUAAGUCCAACCAGAUCUUGCAGCUACAGAGCCAGUUGAACGAUAAGUCUGAUGAGUGUAAACACGCCCUGGACGCAUCAGAGAACCUGAGGAAAGUGACCCAGGAACAAGCCAAGAGGAUUGAAGAGCUUAGCGGACAGGUCAAAGAGGGCCUCAACGUGAUCUCUCAAAAUGAGGAGCAGUUCCAAGCAGAGGUACAGGCUCAGAACAAGCUCGCUAACCUCUACAAGCGUGCCGGUGAUGAGGGAGACUCGCGUGUGAAGGAACUCAUCACAGCGGUGGAGGAGCUGAGAGGUCUCCUCAAGCAAGCAACGGAAGCGACCAAUGAGAUGGAGACCAGAACCAAGGAGCAGGAGAGUAGUCACGCAGUCAAAGAGAAAGAAAUGAAUGACAAAAUCGCUAAACUGCAGAGAGAACUGGAAGACGCCAAUGAUCUCCUGGCCGCGGCCCGCAAGAGAGGUGUAGCGCCCAUGUCCGAUGAAGAGCUGAGUAAUCUAUGCCCGACGGCCGCGGCUGCCAGCUCAUUCAUCAAGUCAGGCAUGACACUCACAGAGAUCUACAGCCAGUAUGUGAGGACCUCAGACGAGCUGAUGAUGGAAAAACAGGAGAACCAAAGACUCAAUAUGUACAUGGACCAGAUUCUAGUUGAGAUAGAGGAGAAGGCUCCUGUUCUUCAGAAGCAGAGGGAGGACUAUGAGCAAGCCUUGGGAACAGUCAGCCAACUUUCAUCUAAACUAGAGGCAGCCAUGUUGGAGGGUGAGCAGCUGAGAAUCAACGUGGAUGAUUCCGACCGCAGAGUGAGCCAUCUUGGACGAGAGAACAUCAGGCUGAAACAGAAGAAUACAGAUCUUGGACAACAGGUUCGUGUCCUGGUUCGUGAGGUCUCUGAAGCCAGGGGAGGUCCCAUCCAAGCUCCUGAUCAGAUGGACGUGUCUUCUAGCGAUAUCUCCAGCUCUUCUCAAGUCAUCUCGGAUACGCUUGUGUCUUUCAGAUCUGUUGAAGAGCUUCAGCAGCAGAACGAACGUUUGCUUGGUGUCGUGAGAGAUCUCAGUGAGAAACAGGAGAAAGAAGAAUCAGAGACACUACAAUCCAAAACUGCUGAGCUAAAGAAGCAGCUUGAGGAAUCCAUAGAGGAACUGGAUGGCAUGAGGUCAGCGAGGUCACGACAGACUGAAAUGGUAGAGUCCAUUGUCAGACAGAGGGACAUGUAUAGGGUGCUAUUAGCACAGACAGGAGCCUCACCCCCACCACUGCCCACAUCACCCUUCACCACACCCACCCAGAAGAGUCUGCACAAGAAGAGCCCUCUAGUGACGACGGCCAGUCAGAAGAGUCCUGGACUCCUGUUGCCUAGCAACCAAGAAACGAAGGUUGCCUUGGACACCCUACAGACAGAGUUUGAUACAUACAGGAAGGAGAAGGGAGAAAAUGAAAGAAUGUUGAAUGAGCAGCUGGAGAAAUUUAGACAAGAACUGUCGGAUUUCAGAGUGCAGAACACCAAGCUAUCAUCACAGUUGGACUUUUCAAGUGAGCGUUACAAUGUCUUGCAGUCCAAUGUUGAUGGAUACAAGAAGGAGAUAUCAGCGCUUGCAGACAAGAAUCAGAAGUUCUCCAGCCAGGUUGUAACACUUCAGCAAACUGCCAGUUCAGUCACACAGGACUUGUUGGCCGCGCAGGAGAAGCUGAACAAGGCCGAGGUGGAGACCAAGAACCUGAGGGACGAAAAUGGGCUCCUCAAGGAGGUGGAGAUUCGUCUGAGCCAGGAGAAGGAGUCUAUGCUGAGAGAGCAUAAGAACCAAGGACUGCUCCUUACUAACCUAAAUCAGAUACAGAAUAAUCUUGAGCGGUCAGACUUUGAGUCCAAGACGAGGAUGACCAAUCAGCUUGAGGGAAUGGAGCGAGAGCUCUCCUUGGUCAGGAGGAGACUGGACGGUGAGACUGACCAGCAUCAAAAUGCUCUCAAAUCAUGGAUGGGUAAGGUGCAGGACCUACAGAGGCAGCUGAACUCCGAGCUCACCUCCCAUCAGAGAACCCGCAACGACCUGGCCAAGAUGAGGAACGACCUCCAGAACGUCCGACAGCAGGCCGCGACGACUGACGCUCAGCUCGUGGCAGCUCAGGUCAAGCUCGAGUCCUCUAUCAAAGAGAAAGAUGAUGCCAUUACAGCCCUAGAGCAGACUGAUGGAGGGGUGACCACAGUGAGUGAGACGGAGCUCAAGGAAGUCAACAACAAGCUGAGGAUGUCUGAAAAUCAGAUCAAGAUCCUGAGGGAGCAAAUGAAGAAGCUUCAGGAGCAGAGGGCUCACUACCAGUCUAUCAGCAAGUCUGUUGAGCAGAACAUGAAGGAACAGAACGAAGCGAGCGAGACCUUCAAGACUACCAUGGAAAAGAGGCUGCAAGAAGUAACACAAGAGCAUGAUGACCUUAGCAAGGAGGUUUCUGAGCUCAGGAAGGAUCGUGCGGAGAAGGAGUCAGAGAACAAGGAACUCCAUGUAGCCGUCCAGACACAGACUGCAGAGCUGCGUCGUAACCUUGCCAACCUGCAGGAGGAGCUGAAGGAGGCCCUCGCUAGGCAAAAAGAAGCAGAGGCUAAGGAACUCACUGCGAGACAGGACAGUCAAACCCAGGCUAAAGUAGCCAAGGAGAUGCAAGAUAAGUACGAGAGGGAGUUCCUGCUGCAUGCUGCUGACAUGAAACAACUGGUUACUGUCAAAGAACAACUUGCUAGCCAUAACAGUAAAAUGUCACAGACAGAGGAAGUUGCUAAGAAGGCUCAAGCAGCACUCGAUUCAUCAGAGGCUUCUUGGACUGAGCAGCUUCGUAUUCAGAAGGCAGAGCUAGAGCAGCAUGCCCAGAGAAGCAAAGAGCUUGAAGGCCAGAACCAGAUGUUACAUCAACAGCUAGAAGCAUUGGGUAGCAAGAUGUUGAAGCAGUCAUCACAUGCCCAGGACUUUGCAAACACCAGUAUCUCUCUUCGGGAAGAGGACAAAUCAUCUGACCAGCUCUUAGAAGUCAUCAAAUUCCUGAGGCGGGAGAAGGAGUUGGCAGAGAGUCAGUUUGAGUUGGCCCAGACGGAGACCCUAAGGUUCAGACACAAGAGCGAACAUCUUCAGAACCAGCUGGAGCAAGCACAGAAGAGUCUAUCCGGGGAACGGGAGAGAGCCCAGAUUCUCGUGCAGACCACUGCCCAGCACCAAGAUUUGAUGAAGAAGGUUCAAAGUCUGAAUGUUGUCACGGACAGCAACAGACUUCUGAGGGAGGAGAAGGAGAGGGUGGAACAGCAGCUACAGCAGCUGAAGGCUAAGGUCAGUGAGCUAGAGGGAGCCAUUCUCCCUCUGCAGGAACAGACCCGUACCAUCACGGCCCAGCGAGAUGCCCUGGCAGCCGAGAAGGUCGCCCUUUCCAAUGAGGUCAAUCGUUGGAAGCAGCGAACCAAUCAGCUCAUCGAGAAGUCCAACAGGACAGACCCUGAGGAGUACAAGAAACUGCUGGCUGAGCGCGAUCAGAACAAGAAGCUGCUUUCUGAGAGGUCGGAGGAGAUCAUGAGGCACAAAGCUGAUGUAUCCAGGGUGAAUUCUCAAUUGGGACAACUAAGGACGGAGAAUUCUAAACUGAACAUGACCAUCUCUUCUACACAAACGGAGAGGACAGUUGCAGAAAACAAACUGAAGGCUGAGAUUGCUUCUGUGAAGGCCAGUUUUGCUGCCAAGCAGGAUGAUCUGGUCAACAAGGAUAAGACCAUCAACCAGGUGAAGAAAAUCGGCCGUCGAUACAAAGCCCAGUAUGAGGAGGUCAAAGGUCAAUUGGACAAACUUCAAGAGGAGGUCGAUAAGGAGAAGACUGCGACCCCACAGCCUGACCCCGAGACAGAGGCAAAGGUCAAAUCCUUAGAGGAAGAAGUUACAAGACUCAAGGAGCAAAACACUCAGUUGAAGUCAGCAGAAGAAUCAGCCAAGGCUUUCCAGACCCAGCUCACUGAGAAAGAGGAACAUAUCGAGAGGUCCAAGAAACUGAUGCAGAAUGUUAGGCAGAAAAUCAAUAACCUCAGUGCCGACAAGGAGAAGUCGACGGCCGAGAACAACCGGUUGAAGAGUCAGAUGGAUGAGCUAAGAGGAGAGAUCUCGGCAAUCAGCGGUCUCAUGAACCAGCAGGAACGCAGCCAAGCCACCCAGAAGACGGAGUACGAAGGGCGCAUCCAAGAACUACAGAGGGAGCUCGAGGAUAGUCGACAAACCCUGCAACGAGCCCUUGAGGAGCAACAGCACCAGGAACAGGUGAGAGAGAUGCAGCCCCUGAUCGACCAAUCAGAUCAGACGUUACUCAGUCAACCAGGGACAUCGGGAACAUCGGACAGGCAGAGUACUUCCAGGGAAGAGGCCCCGCCCACUGCCAACAUCCGACCAAUGGCAUCGCCCGCCUCGUCCGUUGGCCAAUCUAAAGGCACCUCCUCUCAGAGCACUGCCAAAGUGACGGCCAGCAUCCGCCCCAUCGCUGUUACCAGAAUACAGACCGGUGUCAACUUCAUCACCACCAUGACCACGCCCACUACCAUGGUGACGCCCAUGGCAACCGUCAUGCCCCAGACUGUAGAGGCUCCGGUGGCCGAUCAGGGCUCCGAACAAGAAGAUUCCAACGACCAGCCAUUCCAGCAGGACACCCCAGUCGCCCCCAUCGCUCCGGCCACGCCCAUCCAGGCUGUCCAGCCCACCCAGCAGACCCCGCCCACUGCACAGACUGCGCCUACUCAGCAGACUGCACCCAUGGCUGUAGCAGAGCGACGGACAACUGACCAGGAACCUCAAGGACAAGAGAGUCACAGGGAUGACGAUACAGGACCUUCAGGUGGUCAGACAGGAGGGUCAUCGUUGUCACCGGGCAGUGCUGCAUCCAAGAGACCAAGGGAUGACCCAACAGAAGGGGACACAACCACAUCGGAGAGAGAGGGACUGCCGCCUAACGAGAAGAGGCAGAGGGUAGCCCCACAACCGCAAGUCAGCAGGGAUGAACCCGAGGAGGAGAAAGAAGAUGAGAAAGAUGAGAAGACUGAGCAGACGAAAACGGAGACGACGACCACCACUACCACCACCACCCACACCAACGCGGUGCACGAUGUGGAGACGGAGGCAACCCAGGAGGUCGAGGCUGAGACACAGUUUGAGAUAGAGACAGCAGCAACGCAAGAAGUGGAAUCCCAACCAGUGACAGAGACGAGGGUAUUGGAAGUCUCCCCGACCGAGCAGCAGGCCACCGAGGAGAGGCAGGAUGAGGAGACGGGAGAGAAAAAGUUAGAUGAUGUGGUCAUCGUUGUCGACAGCGACGAGGAUACUGGUGGUCUGGACUCAGGCCAGGACCAGGGUGACCAGCAAGACGAGGAUGCCGAUGGCGAUCUCGAAGGGGAGGAGGAGGAGGAGGAUGAUGAAGACGAUGACGAGGUCGAUGAUGAUGAGGAGGAAUUUGAAGGUGAUAUUGGGGAGGAGGAUGGAGAGGAGGACGAUGCCUUUGAAGAGGCUCAGGGAGAGGAAGUGGACGUCGAAUAUGAUGAGGAUGAAGAAGUGGAAGAAGAAAUGGACGAUGAUGAAGAGGAAGAGGAAGAAGAAAUGGAAGAUACUGGAGAGGACAAUGGAGAGAACAUGGAAGAUGAUAUUGUUGAGAUUAUAGAUGACGAUGACCAGGGUGCAGAGGUCGCGUCGGAAAUGGACACUCACAGCUCCGACCAGCAGAGCGAGGUGCCCCAGCCCAUGGAGGCCCAACAGAUACUGAGGGUGCCCCCUCCCCAGCUGAGGGUGGUGCCCCCGGAGCCCACCCCAACCAGUAGCAGUCAGGAGUCCACCACCCAUGUCCCUCACCUUCAGCGUCACAGCAUGAGGACAGAGAGACUUGGCUCUCAUGGAAGAUUACCUCCCUUCUCAUUGCUUCCGUCCGGUGGGGGAAUUCCCUUUGAGGAUGUGAAUGACGAUGGCCAGGUCCCUAGUACUCCAACUCUGUUUGUACCUCACAGAGGAACCGAUGGAUUCGCAGAGGCUAUCAACUCCCCUCUGCUUCCGGUCCGAUUCCACUUUGAGGGCGAUAGUAGAUCACCUGCCCAGGGCCUAGCCCAGCUGGCAACACAAGGAGAUCUUGGUAUGGAUGACACCCGGAUCAACCUAAUGGUGGGAGAAGACGAAGCCAGCGGUAGGAGUGUCCCCACUACACCCCUUCAGACCACAGCCCCAGGUCAUCCGUGGGAUCGGCCUUCACAAAUGAGCCUGCUAGCCUCUGGUAUCAGCCCCUCGGAAGGAUUAUUGGAAGCAUCUCAGUCUGUGCCUGCAACGAGGACCAGCAUCACACCGCCCCCUAGUGGUGGCGAUGAGCCAGACACAGAACCAGGGCAGACCAAGCCAGGUUUUGACCAAGCUGGGAGCUCAGGGGGAGGACAGCCAGAGAGUGGAGCAGCUGGUGAAGAUAAAGCAGGUCCAAGCAGUGGUGAUGCUGCAGGAGCAGAGGGUUCUAGUGGUACCGGAACGGAAGGUGACGCACGUCCAAAGCCUAAGCGUAUUGUCUGGAGCGACGGUUCCUCCCACGCCCCAUCGCAGACCCAGUCUGGAGGCCCAAACCCGGAGCAGAGACCCAGGAACGUGGCCCACCGAGGUGGUGGAGCACGGGGGCGUUUAUUGCUGCAGCGCAGCAACGUUGCAUACAGAGGGCGUGGAAGAGGUGGUCCUCGGAUGCAACAAUGGAAGUAAAAGAAUGUUCUGAAAAUGAUAGUAACUGCAAGAAAAGAUUUCCUCUUUCACCCUAGCACUUGUAAUUUGAGAACUGCAGCCCAACACUGCAUUUUCCAACUGCAUGUCUCCUGACUUGUUUGAAAAGGCUGUAAAGUUGGUCUCCCCCUCCAAAAAAAUAAUAAUAAUGGAUUCUCCUUUAUCAAAAUUACAACUUAAGUGGUGGACCAGAGUUUCGUGAAGCAUAUCGUUUUUGUUUCCCUGACUCUAAACCUAAUGGACUUUCUUUCUAAUCAAAGAGUGUCCGAUCAUUCAACUAGUAUGAUUCCAUAACUUGAAGGAAAGAGAUUUAUCGUGUAUCAAUAGAUAUGUUCGUGACACCAACACUUCCUUGAGGGAAAAGUGCUUUGUUUUUCAAAAUCAUCUCUCAACAACACUGUUCGUUGUAAAUUUUGAAGUCAACCUUUUUUUGAUAGUUAUUAUUAUAAGUAUUUGGCGUCACCUGUGCUUGGGAGGCGAAAAGCGAACUGAAUCACUGUAAAACUUGGGUCUCUCCUCCCGGUAUUACUGAUUGGGAUGCGCAGGUGGUGACUACACUGGGGUUUCCCCCUACUCUUACAUGUAUACGAGUAGUGCAGUGGGUUCUUAACGUGCAAACGUGGUGACUCUCCUCCGUUUAAAGUCCUAUCUGAGGGACUUAAUAGCAAGAGUGAUUUAUUUAAGCAUUCUUCAGCAAAACAAUCUAUUAUGAAGUGGAUUCAAGUGUAUGUAUUCGGCAUGGUAAGAGAGUAGACUGAUUGAAUAUCUCAAGAAUAGAGUGUGAGUAAGCUUAUCAUUAAAACUGCAAGUUAAACAUCUAGGUUGUACUUGAUUAAUCUUUAAAUGGACAAAUAGUACACAUUUUCAGUCAUUCCAUUUGGCCGCAGAUGAUGGAUUUUUUCAUAAUUUCAAAAUGGAAGUCCAUCCGGCAAUACUUUUAUCCUAUAAGCUUAGGAACAUGUAUGUGCAUGUUAUAGCUGAGCCAUUAGUGACACAAUGAUUGAAUAAGGCAAUAUCUGGUCAGGGUAAGGUGUGGAAUGGGGGAAAUGAGCGAGGGGGGGGGGGGCAAAAGUCUCCCAGGAUCAGGUAAUGCCAAAUACUUAAUAAUAAUGAUGAUGAUAAUAACAAGUUAUCAAUUAAGCCUCUGAUAUAUAUUUUCACAUUAUAAUGAGCUUACUUGGGAGGCAACUAAUGAAAGGGGGGAGGGG